UCUCGGGAAGAAAGUGCUUCGGUGGGGACAAUGGCUAGUGAAGAGGAGAGACAUCUGGAAACUCAACUAGAGCUCCAAUUGCAGGAACAGAGGGAUUCACUCUCUGCACUCAAUGAAGCUUUGGUUUCUGAUCCAUCCAAUCCCGAGCUUCUUGCGGUUCAUGAGGAGCUUGUUCAGGCAAUCAAGGAUGCAGAGGAAGGGCUUCUUCACUUAAAGCGUACUCGAUUAUUGCAUGAAGCGGAUUCAGUCCUGUAUAGAUCUAAUCUUUCUGCUCAAGCAGAGAAAGUUGAGCCACUUGAUCCUGCAGAUGUUGAACCAGAACCUUUAGAGGAACAACAUUAUUCUGUUGGAUCUAAGUGUAGAUUUCGUCACACUAAUGGUCGUUGGUACAUUGGUCAAGUGGUGCAGUUAAAUAGUUCUUCAGCAAAAAUGUCAUUCCUGAUGCCUACGUCUGAGAAUAUGCUGAUGUGCAAGUUUUUUCUGCAACAACGAUGUCGCUUUGGUGCUAACUGUCGUCUAUCACAUGGUAUUGAUGUUCCACUGUCUUCCCUCAGAAAAUAUGUUCCUACCAUCUGGAAGCAGUCCCUGGUUGGUUCAAGUAUAUGGGCAGUCUCAGACGUUAAUGCUGGCAUUUGGAAGGAAGCUGAGCUUGAAUCCUGGGAUGAAGAACUUGGAGUUGGACAAGUUGUUUUCCGAGAUGAUGGAAGUUCUGUGAAGUUAGGAGCAGAAGCUAUAGCAUUAUCUGAAUGUGCAGAAGUUAGUGAUGAAGAGAGUGAUUCCAGCUCAGAACAGUCUGAUUUUAGUGACUAUGAAGAAGGUGGCCCCCAAGGUUUAGGCUUUCUGGAAAGCACCAACUUGCAGCGGGGUAUUCAGACUGAAACUGCUAUAUUUGCCAAAUGGGAGAAUCACACCAGGGGCGUAGCUUCCAAAAUGAUGGCCAAUAUGGGUUAUCGUGAAGGUAUGGGUUUAGGUGUUUCUGGUCAAGGAAUGAUUAAUCCCAUCCCAGUGAAGGUCCUUCCACCAAAGCAAUCGUUAGAUCAUGCUCUUGAAUCUCAUAAAGAUAAAGGAGAAGAGAGCAAAGACAAUCAAGGUAAGAAACGGAGUAGAGGUGGUAAGAGAAAACGUGAUAAGAAAUUUGCAGAGGCAAUUCGGGUAGCAAAAGAAGAGGAGGAAGCGGUAUCAGAUGUCUUUACACUAAUAAAUAAUCAGCUGGCAAUGCAUGGUGAAGCUAUAAAUGGUGGAUCAGCGAGGAAGCAGCAAGGUAAAGGUUCAGGGGAAGGUAAAAAGGUUGAUAGGAGGGCUUUGAUUGCUUAUGAGGAUGAGGUCAAUGACUUAAGGAUUCGGGUUGCGAAACUCGAAGAAAUGGUGAAUAGAAACAGGAGAGAGAAGGCAGUUUAUGAGGCUGCUACGAGAAAGUUGAUUGAAACCCGCAAGGCUUUAGCUGAGACUGAAGCAGCCCAUGUCUCCGCCUCAAAUGCAGUGGUUAGCAAAGAAAAAGAGAAGAGAUGGCUUAAGUUUUAGGAUGCUGGAGAAAAAAAAUUAUUUUGGGUGGGGAGGGGGUGAGGGAAAGGAAUUUUGCUGUUGGACCUUAACUAGAUAUCCUAGACUGCUUGUUCGUGUACUAUUUGUAAAUAAAAUAGGAUUCUUUUACUGGA